AUGGAAGAUAUAGAUAAUUCAGAGAAGCUCUUACAACAAGUACCUCUUAUUAAGAACCCAUUAUAUCAACCUACAAAGCCUGUUACACUAAAUGCCAACUAUGCAAAACUCAUCAGUGGACUCUCAUCAUCAGUAUUGCCACCCAAAUUCAAUUUAAGUAAAAAGGAUUUAGAGCAAUGGAUUGAAGAGAAUAAAGAGCUAGAGACCACAUUAAAGCAAGAGAAGAACCUUGAACAGUUUAAGGAAUGGGUUAAGAAUAAACAAACGAAAUUUGCACCUGGUUUUGAUGUUGUAAUGACUCCAACCAAAUCUACAAAGACCACAGUGAUAGAAUCCGAAGACGUGGAAUUGAGCGAAUUAGAUAUGGCAUUUGGGUCUACAAAAGUGUCGUAA